AUGCGUCGCAGCACGCUGCCCUCGCGGCCCUCCAAGCCCGAAAUCGCCAUGCGCGCGCCCGAGCCGCCCAGGCGCAAGGUCUUCAACUGCAUCGUCGACGACACCGCCCUGAUCGCCGGCGUCAAGAAGAGCACGCGCGAUGGCAUCCGCAAGUGGAUCUCCCAGGACGCCAUCCGCCUCUUUGUCCCGCUGCACACACUCACCCAGCUCCAUCGUCUCAAGACGGGCAACGAGCGCGUCAACGCAGACGCACGCGAAGCCGUCAAGUGGCUCGACGAAGUCACGUCCAAUGAAGCCGCCGCCCGCGUCCAGCUCGAGGGCGUCGACGAGCAAUACCCUACCUGGGCCGAGGUCGAGCACUUCCUCCUGCCCGAGACGCUGCUCUCCAUGCAAGACAGCGAGUCGGACGACGACGACUAUCACGAGGACCUCGAGAGCUCCUUCAACGCCCUCGACAUGUCCGACGAGACGUCCAUGAGCUCGGCCCACAGCUUCGAGGAUGUGUCCAGGAAUCCAGAGUCGCCGCGCUCCUUUUCCAGCAGAGGCACAAAGCCCACCAACGGCGCUACGCACGCCGACAAGGCGGCCGCUCUGAUCAACCAGUCUCCCCAUCGCAACGCGCGCAAGACCACUGGCAUCGCUCGUGCCGGGAAGACCAAUAAGGGCGCCGUGCCCGUCUACCUCCAGCCCCUCUUCAACCACAUUCUGUGGCGCAUCAACCAGGAGGGAAAUCCUGACGCAGCCCUUGAGUCCUUUAUCCUCCUUACCAAUGACCCCGCAAAGCAGGCAAUCGCCCAGAAAUUCGGCAUCCGCGCUAAGCGCCUUGAGCAGCUCCGGGAUGCUGUCGCCCGCGAAGACCGUGAAUACAAAAACCACUUGACCAUUCACAAGAUCGAAGUGGAGGCGACUGCCGCUAAGAACAACACCCCAAGCACCCCCAAAGCAGCGGAGCGACCCAAGUCCAGCCCCGCAAAGCACGCUCAGCCCGAAGAAACAUCCGACGACGAGGACGAGGUGCUCUUCAAGCGCGCUCCGCGAGGCCCAUCGGCAACUACCAAUGCUAACCAACGUGUCUUUGACCCCAACGACUUUGCCCGUACCAACCAACACCAGUCCCCUCGUGGUGGACGUGGCGGUCAUGCGCAGCCACGCGGUCGCGGCGGGGCAGCUUUCCGAGGCCGUGGCAACUUUACUCCACGCGGCGCCUACGUCGCUCCAGGCCCGGCUUUCCGAGCCCCGCCAGCUCCUCGUCAUGAUCCAAACGCACCGCUCGACCCUGAUUCCUUCUCCCGCCCGGCUCCCAAGGUGGGCCCUGUCCGCGGCGGCAACAGGCGAAAGCUAUGGGAACCGUCAUGA